CUAGUGCAAAAUGUUCUUAUUAAACCAGACAUAAAAGGACUUGAAGGUGAAGAGGAGGCACCUUUGCCUUUAUUACCUCUAGGCCUGGAUUUUUCUAGACCAUGGCAUAACAGUUUUAUCCAAGCAAAAAAUAAAAUUAUUUCUAGUUUGCACGUUCUCCACCCAACUAUGAGAAAACUAUUGGAAUUGGGUUAUGCAGCAUUCUCUACUUUUCUUAUAGUGGAUUUCUCAAGUUUAGGGUUGAAAGGGCCAAUUGGCUGUGAAUCUUUAAAAAAUGAUGUCUCUCUAAGCUGUUCUAAAGCAGAAGAAAAGAUACUGAAUACGUGGUAUCAAGGAGUUAUUAGUCUCUUUACUCGGAAGGAGUCAUUGUAUGGUGUAAAGUUUGAUCAGAUUGACUCUUUUUAUAACUGUGUGGCUACACUUAUGUCUAAUCAGCUGAAAGAUUUAUUGAGAAGAACAGUUGGAUCUUUUGUGAAACUUUUUGAUCCUGAAGACAGAAAUUGUCUACCUUUAUUUAAGAUGGAAUUGACUCUUGAUGAAAAUAAAAUGAAGUUUUAUCCAAGCUUCCAAGACCUCGAAGAAGCAAUUCUGUUUAUAGUAAAUCGUAUAGGACAGACUCUGCAGAACAUCCAGACGGUGCGUUCUUGGCUCAUGGGAGACACUGCAACUCUGAAUGCUGAGCUUCCUGAUCAUGUCAUAGAAUGGGCCACAUCUACCUUGAAAAAAUGUAUCAGAGACAACUUAGAAAGUCCAAAGAAAUAUUUUGAAAACUAUGUUGAAAGGUAUGACUGGCUUGUAGAUGGAACUGCACAGGCACAGACAGAAAGAUUUGAAGCAGAAGAACACGGUUUUGGUGAAUAUACUGCUUUCAUAGAUGAAUUCUUCACCCUCAAGAAAGAAAUCUGGAGUUUACCAGAGGUGGUUCACUUCCCUAUGGUCUGUUUGAAUUGUGAGGAUAUAAAGAAAGGUUUGGCUAGUAAUGCAGACACCUUUGCAAAAAAGCUAAUGGACAGAAUAGUUUCAAAUUACAGAGAGGAAAAUGAAAA